AUGGGUGGGGAACUGGAGAGAGGUCGUGUGAAUCCUGGGAAGGCUUGGCUGUCAUACUCCUUGGUGAUGCUGCUCCUGGUGGCCCUGCUGGGAGCUGUGCUGCUGGGAGCUUCCCUGCUUUCGUGGCAGCGCCCUCCAGCACGGAAUAAGAUUCCCAGGGCACAGAAGAGGAGGGAGAUGGCGCUGAAGCAAAUGGAGGCCCUGGCCCAGCGGCUCCGGCAACAGGAGCCAGAUGUGGACUCUGAGUCAAUCCUGGAGCUUCCCCUGGCAAAGCUGGCCCAGAAGCUACAGGCUGAAGAGCUGAGUCUGGAGAGCGUCCUCUGUAGCUACUUAGAGCAGGCUCUGAAGGUGCACCAGGAGGUGAAUUGCCUGACCGAUUUCCUGGGGGAAUGUGAGGAGCAGCUGCAGGCACUGAAGAAGCUUAAAAAGAGUGAGCGAGGCCUUCUCUAUGGGGUCCCUAUAAGCCUCAAGGACACCUAUGACUGCAAGGGCCAUGACUCCACGUGUGGCCUGGCUCAGUUCCUGGAGAAGCCAGCGGCCAAGGACGGAGUCAUCGUGCAGUUGUUCAAGGCCCAGGGAGCCAUUCCCUUUGUUAAGACCAACAUCCCGCAGACACUGUUCAGCUAUGACUGCAGUAACCCCAUCUUUGGCCAGACCCUGAACCCCCUGAACUUAAAGAAGUCUCCUGGGGGAUCCUCAGGGGGUGAAGCAGCUCUAUUGGCAGGGAAGGGGUCCAUCCUGGGCAUGGGUACUGACACAGGUGGCAGCACCCGCGUACCAGCCAGCUUUUGUGGUGUCUGUGGCUUCCGGACCUCAAGAAGCCGCCUCAGCUACUCUGGAAUCGCCUCUGCUGUCAAGGGCAAGAAAUCAGUGACCACAACGGCUGGCCCCAUGGCCCGGGAUGUGGAGAGCCUGGCACUAUGCCUUCGAGCCCUGCUGAAUGAAAACAUGCACCAUCUGGACCCCACUGUCCCUCCCCUGACCUUUAGGGAAGAGGUAUACUCCAGCAAGCGGCCCCUUCGAGUUGGCUACUGUGAGUCCGACGGCUAUACACAGCCAUCCCCUAGCAUGGCCAGGGCUGUGCAACUCACCUCCAGACUUCUCCAAGAUGCAGGACACCAGGUCAUCCCCUUCUCCAUCCCCCGUGUAGAGUAUGCCUUCAAACACCUGUACACCGGGGGUCUGUAUGCGGACGGAGGGGCCACCCUGCUGCAGAAGCUAGAGGGGGACAUUGUGGACCCCAGCAUAAAGGGGAUGGUCAGCUUGCUCCGCCUGCCAGACUCUCUCAAGUGUUUCUUGGCCAAGAUCCUGAAGUGUACAGAUCCCCGAACAAGCCAGACUGCUGAAGAGUUUCGUGGUGUGGGGACACCCAAGAAACUGUGGGAGCAGCACACAGCAGUGGAGGACUAUCAGCAAGAAUUCAUAGCCAAGUGGAGAUCCUUGGACCUGGACGUGCUGCUGGCACCAGCUCUGGACCCUGCUUAUUAUAUAGGUUAUCCUGGCAAACUAAUAGAAAGCACCUCCUACGUGACCCUGUACAACAUGCUGGAUUUUCCUGUGGGCGUGGUGCCUGUCACUACCGUGACGUCACAGGACGAGGAGGAACUGGCCUUCUACAAGGGCUACUAUGGAGAUAGCCAUGACAAAGAUUUCCAGGAGGCGGUAAGAGGAUCCGUGGGACUUCCAGUGGGUGUGCAGUGCAUUGCUUUGCCGUGGGAAGAGGAGCUGUGUCUCCGGUUCAUGAAGGAGGUGGAGACUUUGGUCAAGACCCAGAGGGACCCCAAAUGA